UCAAUACUGAGCAGUGUUUAUAUUUACAUUGAUUGAUGGAAAUGAAAAUUCCGAAGUUGUUUGAGCGACUUUCUUAAACACGUGGUUUCAUGCAUUAUAUUAAUCUUAAUUUUGAUUUAUUAUCUGAGAAAAUUUUGCAGAAACAUGAGUAUUUUUACGAUGAGCAUAAAUCCUAUUAGUGGUAAAAAGGAAUGGGUUGAAAAAGAUGAAUACUAUGAUUAUUUCCAAGAAGUCGCUAGAUCAUCGUAUGCUGAUAUGCUUCAUGAUGCAGAAAGGAAUCAGAAGUAUAAUGCUGCAAUUAAAAAAGCUGUACAAUCAAUGAAAGAUCAAGGUAGAUUGGCCAAAGUUUUAGAUAUCGGAACUGGAACAGGGCUGUUAUCCAUGAUGGCUGCCAGCUGUGGUGCUGACACCAUUACUGCUUGUGAGGUGUUUCAACCAGUUGCAAAAUGUGCUGAAGAUGUAAUAAAAGCAAAUAAGUUGGAUCAUAAGAUUAAAAUUAUUUUGAAGCAUUCUACAGACCUAACCGUUGGACCAGAUGGUGAUUUAGCAGAAAAAGCAAACAUUUUAGUUGCAGAAGUGUUUGAUACAGAACUAAUUGGAGAAGGUGCUCUCAAAACAUUUUAUCACGCUACCAAAAAUUUAUUAGAGGAAGACUGCAUUGUUAUACCGUCAGCCGCUUCAGUUUUUGUUCAAAUUAUUCAUUCGCCCAUGAUAUCAAAGUGGAAUAAACUUCUACCUGUUCAUGUGGGACCAAACCAAGUUAUAAUACCUCCAAAAAUUGUGGCUGCAUGUCCUGGUUCAGCUGCAGUACAUGAUAUACAAAUGUCUCAAGUACCCGCUGAUAAAUUUACAGCUUUAACCGACCCAACAUCUGUCUUUAGGUUUGAUUUUACUGGUAAAAAAAAUAUUGAAAUGAAUGAAACUUUUAUAAAACAAGUUCCUGUGAUCAAAAAAGGUGAAUGUGAAAUGGUAUUUAUGUGGUGGGAUUUGAAAAUGGAUAUGGAUGGUGAUAUCAUUCUAAACAAUGGACCAAAAUGGGUACAACCUGAACCAAAAAAUGCUCAGUGGAGAGACCAUUGGAUGCAAGCUAUAUAUUACUUACCUGAGACUUGUUCUGUGCAAGAGGGAGAUAAAAUCACAUUAACUGCUUAUCAUGAUGAGUACAGUUUGUGGUUUGCCAUUCCCAAAACAAAUAAUAAGAAGAUUGCAGAUAGCCCAACAUGCAAUUGCCUAGUUCAUGUUACAGAUUCACGGAUGAGAAUAGGCAUGAAAAAUGACAUGCAGAGAAAUAAUAACUACAUGUCUAUGCUGAAAGAGAUUAUUUCCCCUUCAUCCAUUUGUCUUUCCAUUAGUGAUGGUUCACUUCUUCCUCUAAUUGCUGCAAAAUUAGGUGCUAAAAAGAUUUACUCAGUUGAAUCUAGUCGUUUUCAUUAUGAUAUGAUGAAAUCAUAUAUAGAAGCUAAUGAUGAAGCUGAUACCAUUUGUGUUCUCUCCAAAGAACCAGCUGACUUAACCGGAAAAGAUUUAGAUAUGAAAACGGUUAAUGUUUUACUAGCUGAACCUUAUUUUGCUAAUUGUGUACGUCCUUGGGAAUUGAUGAGAUUCUGGCAUUUGAGCUCUAUGCUUCGACCAUUAUUAUCAGAAGAAAUUCAAAUAAUUCCCCAAGUUGGAAAACUGAGGGGAGUUGGAGUAGAAUUUGAUGAUUUAUGGAAAAUUAGAGCCCCUCUGCAGAAUGUUGAAGGUUUUGAUCUUGCAAAAUUUGAUGAAAUGAUUCAGAGAGCGAUAUCACUUGCUGAUGCAGCGAUUGAACCACAUCCGCUUUGGGAAUAUCCAUGCAAACCAGUUACCAAGAUAUUCGAAAUAAUAAAUUGUGAUUUCCUUAGAGACAGUUUUAAGGAUUCAUUUGAAGCAUCUGGUGAAAUUGAAAUUUCCAAUUCUGGAAUUUGUAAUGGUGUUGCAAUUUGGACAGAUUAUAGUUAUGGGUCUUUAGAAAUUUCUAGUGGUCCAGUUGAAUUUCCAAAAAAAGACACCCCUAUUCAGUGGUACACAAACUGUCAACAAGGGGUAUAUUUCAUGCAUCCUCCAGUACCUGUGAAUCCAGGAAAGCAAAUUCUGAAAUACUGUAUGAGCUUUAAAGUGACUGAGUCAUCAUUUAAAUUUUCUGUGAUAGAGAAAAAUUAAUUAUCUUAAAAUAGUUAAAGUUUAUUUUAAAUAAUUCCUUUUCACAUUUAUCAUUGUUUAAAUCAUUCAAUUUACUGCAUCUGUAACUUUGGUGGGAAAAGAAUUAUUUUUAAAAUUUUUUCUUUUUUAAAUUUUUGAUAUGUAUGCUAUGAUGAAUAGGCCAACAUAUGUAGGUAAUAUUCAAAGUUUUAAAACUAAAAUCUUGUGAAUAUUUAUUACAAUUUUUUAGCAAACUUAUAUGUAUGCUGGAAUAUGUUUCAAAAUCUCUGUUUGUUAUUAAUUUUUUAAUAAAAUAUACAAAAUA